AUGGAAAUAAAAAGAUGGUCUCUGGUGACGGUGGUGGUAGGGAUGGUUAAUGUCAUGCUUUUAGUAGAAGGGUGUUUAGAGGAAGAGAGAAUUGCUAUCUUGCAAAUCAAAACUUCCUUUUAUUACCCAAAUGCCACAUCAUCGCUGCAUGACUCUUGGAGAAAAUAUGCCAACUGUUGUAAUUGGAAAGGAGUCUCCUGCAAUGCAACUACAGGGCGAGUCGUCGAUAUCAAUCUUUCCUUUGAGAGAUUAGCGGAAUUGGGAGAUGGGUACUUAAAUGCUACUUUGUUUUUUCCCUUUCAAGAACUGAUCUCCCUUUCCUUGCAUGGGAAUAACAUACUUGGCUGUGUUGAGAAUGAAGGUUUUGAAAGACUCUCACAACUAGGCAGUUUGAAGAGACUCGAUUUGGGUGAUAACAAGUUCAACAACAGCAUUCUAACGUCUCUAAGUGCUCUUUCAUCUUUGAAAUCAUUAAAUUUAGCAAACAAUCGGCUCAAAGGAUCAAUUAAUAUUGAAGAACUAAAUCGCCUAAGAAGCCUGGAAGAGUUGUAUCUUGCACAUAAUGAAAUUGAAGGCUUCAAAUCCUUUCAUGGUGGUAAUGCACUACUGAAAUUGAGCAAUUUGAAGUUCCUUCACUUGGAUGGAAAUCACUUCAAUAACAACAUAUUACCAUCCCUUGAGAGUCUUUCGUCUCUGAAUAUUUUGAAUUUAUCUGACAACCACUUGAAAGGAUCAUUUAACAUUAAAGGAUUGGAUGCUUUGAUUAACUUAGAGACGUUGUCUCUAGACGAAAAUGAGAUUGACAAAUUUGUGAUCUCAGAAGAUAGUAGAGGUUUUCCAAACCUAAGGACCCUUCUAAUGGGACGGAACCAUUUUGACGGAACAAUUUUAGCUCAAGGUGAUUAA